AUGCCGUCCCGCCACGGAAACGGAAACUUGGCCAAUAUGGUCACCGCCCCACGCCCAGCGCCAAGCCGCAAGCCACCCGUCGCCAUGCGCGCGGCCUCCGAAGCUUCGGAGGCGGCAGCGGAGGAGCCUACGGAGACCAAGGAGGAGAAGAGCUUCAUGGACAAGUUCGGUGUGGUGAUUUACAUCGGCUUGUGGUAUGUCUUCAACAUCGGCUACAACAUCUACAACAAGAAGGCUUUGAUCUCAUACCCCUACCCCUGGGCCUGUGCCCUCUGGCAGAUGUCCUUCGGAUGGCUAAUCUUUGUGCCUCUUUGGAUCCUACGCAUCCGCAAGACUCCGAAGCUCACCGUCUCGCAAGCGGUGACGUUGGCACCUUCUGCGUUGGGCCAUUUAGCGACGCACGUGGGGGCCGUGAUCGCCUUCUUCGCCGGAGCUGUCUCUUUCGGCCACAUCGUGAAGGCCUCUGAGCCGGUGGUCUCCUCCUUCUUGAACUUUGCCUUCCUGGGCGAGGUGAUGCCCUGGCAAGUGUACGCCUCUCUGCUUCCGAUCAUCGGCGGCGUCGGCCUGGCGAGUGCUUCCGAGCUCUCCUUCAACUGGCUGUGCUUCGGGGCGGCCAUGGGGUCGAACUUGGGAUCCGCAUCCCGCGCCGUCUACAGCAAGAAGGUCAUGAGCGGGGGUGACAUCGGUAAGAACAUGGAUUCGGCUAACGUCUAUGCAGUGCUUACCAUCAUGGCAACCUUCAUGCUGAUCCCCAUCUCCCUUGCCAUUGAGGGGCCAAGCGCAAUGCUGAAGGGCUUCAAGCUUGCGUACCAUUCGGGAGGCAUGUCCUUCAUGUGGCAGAUGAUUCUGAGUGGCUUCUACUACUACAUGUACAACGAGGUAGCGUUCCUCGCGUUGGGCAAGCUGGACCCUGUGUCUCAUGCCGUGUGCAACACCAUGAAGCGUGUGGUCAUCAUCAUCACCGCCAUCUUCGUGUUCCGAAACCCGGUGACCGGCCUGGGCGUGCUGGGCAGCAGCAUUGCCAUCCUAGGCACUCUCAUCUACUCCCUGGCCAAGAACAAGUAUGCGAAGUGA